AUGUUGACCCUUAAGAACCUGCUUCUUCUACUGGGCCUUGCUGGACAGUUGGUAGCCGACGAAGACUGCCCACCAUGUGACUGUCCUUGUCUAAGCUCGACUACGUUGCAAACCUCCAUGAAACCCACAACUGCUACGGCGAUACAGAAUACACAGCAGCCUCCCGGAACAGAAAGGGCUUCAGCUACCCAGCCAAGUCAAACAGGUGGCCCUCCCGGAACACAAGAUGACGACGACAAGGACCACGGCGGCGUCGGUACCGGUAUCGGUGUAAUCCCAGUCCCAUUCCCCGGCUUUGGCAACUUACCUCCUGGUGGCGGUGGUAAUAACAACAACAACAACAACAACAACAACAAUAAUAAUAAUAAUAACGACAACGAUAAGAACAACAAUCACAAAAAUAACAAUGAUGACAAGAACAGCGAUGAUAAGAACAACAAUGACAAUGACAAGGAUAACGACAAAAAUAACGACAAGAACAAUGAUGACAAGAAGAACACUCAAGAUCCAUCGCCAACUGAGACGAAGACAGGCUCCUCCAAGGCAUCCUCCUCCGAGACAACCUCUUCCAAGCCAGCCUCUUCUACGCCAGCCUCUUCCAUGCCAGCCUCUUCCAAAAUAACCUCUUCCAAGACAACCUCUUCAAGCGGCAGCUGUACCAUCACAGCAAUCGUCAUGGUUACCGAGUCGUACAGUCUGAAGACAGGUGGCAGCUGGACCACAUUCCUGAAUACCAAGACACCCAACAAUGCACCAAACUCUUGUCAAGUGACAUUCGCUACCACGUCCACCACCGUGACGCCCUCCAAACUCCCAGUCCUUACGGAUAGGGGUCACAAGAUUCAAGGCUAUCCCGAGCCCACUUUUGUUCCCGUGGGGACGAUGAUUCAGAACUGGCUCCUAGAGCAGUUCAAAAAGGCGGGGCUCGAAGAGAGCGUCUCCGGCAACACUUCAGCACCCGCAACGUCAGCCAAGCGGUCUAGCAAAACGGGCACCAAUACUUCAAGCACCGUUGCAUCAUCCACCGCGCGCAAGCUCAGCACGAGCAAGCCUAGCGCGACAAGUGCGAAGAAGCCCCAGCCCACGACGAGCAAAACCGUCUCCAAGCCCGAGGGAACCGCCAAGCCGGCCGAGCCCAAGAAGGGCACCUGCAGCGUAGAGGUCUGGGAGGCGUCGCACGGGCCCCGGGACGGCGUCAACGCGACGGCGACAGUCCGCGACGCCGCCGGCAAGACGCUGCGCGUCGAGGACACGGGGGGUUUCCGCACGGAGUGGGGAGCCAAGCUGACCGCGGCGGCGAGGGACACGAAGCUGCGGGCGGACCUCGUCGUCACCUUUACGCGGGACCUCGCGCCCGGCGCCAAGACGCAGGAUUGCCGGGAUACCGACGGCAGCGGCAGCGGCAGCAGCAGCGGCAGCGACGUGGCCGUUUCGGUCGGCAAGAGCUGCUCCCCGUCGCAGUGGCGGUACUGGGUCGUGAAGCUGCAGUACGGGGCCAAGACGUGGGAUAACCUCGCCCGCAAGGAGAAGGAGCCGUGGAAUUGCGAGGGGGAUAGGGAGUGGAGUGGAAGCGCGCCGCAGCGGAAGUUUACUUGUCGGUUUGAGUGCUAGUUGGUAGGUAGAGUAGACCGUGACAAUACGCUAAGUAGUAAACAUUGAAGAUACCUACUACUAAUAGUAAGUUACCUAUUCUCGU